UUAGAAUAGGAAGUUUGCUUCUGAAUGAAACAAUGGAUGCCCACAAAAGGUUAACAUCACAUCUUCAAGCAACCAAACCAAAUGCCUUCCCAUGUACCCUGUUCCCAUUCAUAUAAGGAAAGCAUUCCUGCCAAAUACAGCAAAAGGGAAGGAAGAGGGCUGAAAUAGGAUUCAAAGAAAGAGAGCCUCUCAAUCUCUGUCACUCUAUCUUUCUCUUGUUCCUGUUUCUGGUAGAGCAGAGGAAACCCCAGAAAAAUGGAGGCAUUCAUGUUGCAGAACCUCUUCAAUGGAGGCAGAGAAGCCCAAAUCCAAGCUGCCUCCGAGAUGGUCAAACUCAGCAGCAAACUGAGGCAGAAGUUAGUGGAAGGUGGAGUCAUUCUCCCUUUGAUCACCAUGCUUCAGUCUCAGGACUAUGAAUCCAUCCAAGCUUCACUCUUUGCAUUGCUCACCCUUGCCUUUGGCAGUGAAAGGAACAAACGAAGGAUGGUGAAAUCAGGCGUGGUAGAUGUGCUACUCCACCUCCUCCAAUGGCAGGAAGAGUCAUUGACAGAGCUAACAAUAGCAGCUCUGCUCAUCCUCUCCUCUUGCGGGCCAAACAAGCCACUCAUCGCAUCAUCAGGAGCCAUCCAAAUCCUAGUCGAUUCAAUCCCCAUUCUAACCACCACCCAAUCAAAGCUCGACACUUUGACUACACUCCACAAUCUCUCCACCUGGAACCAAGCAAUCCCACACCUCGUCUCAUCAGGGCUAGUCCCCACAUUGCUCCAACUCCUAACCCAACAUUCUUCCUACCCAAUUCAACCAGAGCUGGCGGACAAGGCAAUGGCCCUGCUGGAAGCCGUCGCGAUCUCGUCGGAGAGAGCACUGGCCCAGGCCGCGGGAGGGAUACGGGUGCUGGUGGAGAUGGUGGAGGAAGGCAGCCCACAGGGGAAAGAACAUGCCGUUGGGGUGCUGGUGCUGAUUUGCCAGAGCUCGAGGGAGAAGUACAGAGGGUUGAUCCUGAUGGAAGGCGCCAUGCCCGGUUUGCUGCAGCUGAGCAUUGAUGGGAGCUGGAGGGCGAGGGGUUUGGCUCAGGAGCUGCUGAUGAUGCUUCGAGGGGAUUGCGAUGGUGGGUCGAGAGGGAAGCAGUGGAAGCAGGAGAUGGUGGAGAGGGUGAUGCAGGAGAUCGAUGCUGCGGAAGGGGAGGAGGAGGAAGUAUUCAUGGGGAGUGGUGGAAGUAGUACGCUGAGAUUGGUGGAAGAGAUGAUUGCGAAGCUGAGUACCUGA